GAUGCGGCAACGUGGUCGGCUACUACAUCCACCGCCCAUGCUUCCGCUGUCUGGCCCAGCGUCUACGCAUUAAGCAGCGCGGCUUCCAGCACCUGUGGACCUUCUAUCAGGACAACGUAUUUGCCGUGCAGCGCGAAAACGAAUUUGGCGAAUUGGUCGGCUGGGAGGAGCUGCCAGUGCCACCGGCACCGACAGCCACGGCAAUCAGGAGCUCGCAGAGCUCGCAGAGUAUUUCUACGCAGACGACCACGCGGCAGGCAAUGAGGUCUCAGAGCGAGGCCAGCUUGGCUGCGAUUCAGGAGAGUAUCAUCAUUGAGAGUUCCAAUGGCGCUGGGUACUCGCGCACGAUAGCCAAUGUCACCAGAGAGUAUGGCAGCAGUUCGAUGGGCGCUGCGAGAAUGGCCGGUAUUCAAUCACCACCAACGCUGACGCCGCCGCUGCCGCAAUCGGACAUUCCUUCAAUGAAUAGGCGCACUCUUGCCACUGUUGCCUCUGCUUCUGCCUCCGCUGACUCUGCCUCUGCUUCUGCUGCCGCUGCUGCUACCACUGACGCCCAGUCGUUCAAUACUCAGUCAUCCAAUGCACCCACAGCGCGCCGCGCACAGUGGCUGAUGUACAUGUCACAGCGUGUCUCUGCUGAGCGCAUCCUGCACAACCCGCGCGCUGGCAGGGAGGCUCGCCAAGAGGCGAUUCGCACAUUAACAUCACUGCGCGAGCAAGAGUGGAAUAUGUCUGUUCGCGGUACCAAUGCUGCUUCUGCCACAGUCACUAGCACUAAUGAUUUGCCGGUCGUUACGAGCACUCAGGAUCCAACGCCGUUUCGUCCCUCGACUCAGGUUGUUUCUACCAGAAGCAAUAAUAACGGCCCGGCAACACUAGUGUCGAAUACGCCUUCAUACUCGAGUGCGUCCUCGCCCUCGUCUGCGGCAACGGCGGCCAGGCGCGAUGAAGUAAUGGAGCCUUUGCGACCGGCAAAGUCAAAGUAUGCAAAUGCGCCGCCGCCCGCUGGCCUGAGCAACUGGCUAUUCCAAGUCGGCCUGGACUGCAUGGUCAAGUGGGAGGAGGGCACGCUUUCGCGCUAGUAUGGAUGCCAUAUAUGCCAUUGUGCGCUUAAUUAAUUUUAUCAAUU